AUGAACUAAUUAAUACUACUGAUUUUUUAGAUUAUUUUUUACCAUCAGAUAAAAAUUUUUUUAAUUUCUAAAUAAAAUUUAGCUUUAAAUUAUAUUAUAAAAUAAGAAUUACUAAAAUAAUAAAGAAAACUACCAUGUUCUCAACCCUAUCAAAGUGUUUUUGUAGUUUUUAUGAAUUAAAAUAAUUAUACUAAGGCUGAAGUCACCCUAGAUGAAGAUGACCUCUUUGUUUUGAAUUCUUUAGUCCCCUAUGAAAACAUGUAGACAAUCCUUGUUAUCCUAAAAAUGAUCUUAAUGAUGAACUUAUUAACUCACAUAUAAGAUAUAUUAAUUUUAUUGCUCUGCUUACUAGAGACAAACCUGAUUACCCUCAAUUUUUAUCUAAUUUGCUUAAAAAAUGUGAGGAAAUUGCACAAGAAAUGGAAAAUUACAUCAUAAAAAGGCUUCAUAAAUAUAAUAUGUAUAAAUAUUAUUUUAGUAUAUAACUAAUAAACUCUAUUUGCUUGCAUAGCUUUAUAAAUAAUGUGUUUUAACUAUUAAAAUAAUAACAAUAACAAUAACUGUAACUUACUUUUUAAAGCAAAAAAAAGUAAUUUUUAGAUUUAAAAGCAAAAAAAAAAAUAUUUUCUAUUUUUUAAAAAUUAAAGCAUUUUUUAAAAAUAGGGAUGA